CGACACCUCCGAGAGUCAACAUGAAAGCGUUCUUGGUAUUAGCAGCCGUAGCGGCUAUCGGCUCGGCAAGACCCGAGGCGGGAUACUCCUACAAUGCUCCCGGUGGUGGUGGCCUCGGUGGCCAUGGAGGCAUCGGCGGCGGCAGUAUCGGCGGUGGAAUCGGCGGCGGUCACGGUGGAUUCUCCUCCGGCGGUCUGAGCUCCAGCAGCUUCGGCCUUGGUGGCGGACUCGGCGGCGGAUUCUCAUCCGGCGGUGGUUUCUCAUCCGGCGGUGGAUUCUCGUCCGGUGGUGGAUUCUCCUCUGGUGGCGGAUUCGGCGCCGGCGGCGGCGGCGGUUUCGGUGCUGGCGGCGGCGGCGGCGGCUUCGGCGGCGGCUUCGGUGGUGCUCCCAUUGUCCAGAAACACAUCUACGUCCAUGUCCCACCCCCAGAACCUGAAGAACAACGCCCUCAAGUGAUCUCUGGUGGAGCCGUACCCCAAAAGCACUACAAGAUCAUCUUCAUCAAGGCCCCAGCACCUCCCGCACCCAUCACUCCCAUCAUCCCCGCUCAAGCCCAAAACGAAGAGAAGACCCUCGUAUACGUCCUGGUCAAGAAACCCGACGAACAACCCGACAUCACCAUCCCCACUGCUGCUCCCACUCAACCCUCAAAACCCGAAGUUUACUUCAUCAAAUACAAGACCCAGAAGGAAGGUGGUUCCAUCGGUGGUGGAGCUAUUGGAGGUGGUAUUGGCGGAGGCAUUAUUGGCGGUGGUAUCGGCGGUUCUGGUAUCGGCGGUGGCAUCUCUGGUGGCAGCAUCGGCUCUGGCAUCUCUGGUGGUAGCAUCUCUGGAGGCAGCAUCGGCGGUGGCAGCAUUGGCGGUGGUCACGGCAUCGGUUCCGGCAUUGGCUCCGGCAUCGGUGGCGGCCAUGGCUCCUCGGGCUCCGUCAGCUCCUCCUACGGACCCCCCGGUCACUCCGGCGGCCCCUACUAAGCCGCACCCCGCGUGCUAACUUGUGAUACCUGCUGAGCCGGCGACAAACUUAGUCUUAAGUAGAGAAAAAAUUACGGUGCCUAAAUGUAUUUAUGUAAAUAGUAAUUUUAAUGUAUAAUUUUAGUUGUAUUAUAAAAUCUUUUUGCAUAAAAAACUCGAUAAAUCAACGAAUUU